CCGUGUUCCACCGUGACUCUACCGUUAUCAUCCUCAUUCACCGGAAGAUUCGUAAUAUCUCGAGAGAUAAACUAUAGAUAUUUCCAUUCAGUUCGAUGAUCUAUCGACAGGCAGCCCAGGCGAAUUAGGUCAUUGAUAUAUAAAGAUUUUGGAGGAGUGGUAAGUUUUCAGUGGAGAGAGGAUGGAAAAGUCGAGUACUUUGGACUACAUCAACCAGAUGUUCCCUACAGAGGCAUCUUUAUCUGGUGUUGAACCACUGAUGCAAAAGGUACACAAUGAGAUACGCGUUGUGGAUACUGAAAUUCUAGCAGCUGUCCGUCAACAGAGUAAUUCAGGUACAAAAGCGAAGGAGGAUCUGGCUGCAGCUACACAUGCUGUGGAGGAGCUCAUGUACAAGGUCAGAGAAAUAAAAACCAAAGCCGAGCAAAGUGAAACAAUGGUUCAGGAAAUAUGCCGUGACAUUAAAAAGCUGGAUUUUGCAAAGAAACACAUAACAACUACUAUCACGGCCCUUCAUCGUCUUACUAUGCUAGUCUCUGCCAUCCAACAACUUCAAGUAAUGGCUUCAAAGCGACAAUAUAAAGAGGCUUCCGCACAGUUAGAGGCUGUCGGCCAGUUAUGUAGUCAUUUUGAUGGCUACAGAGAUAACCCGAAGAUCACAGAGCUUAGAGAUAAGUUCAAGAAUAUUAAACAAAUUCUCAAGUCUCAUGUGUUUUCUGAUUUCUCCAGCUUAGGUACAGGGAAAGAGACAGAGGAAAAUAAUUUGCUGCAGCUCUUAUCAGAUGCCUGCUUGGUUGUUGAUGCACUGGAGCCAUCCGUGAGGGAAGAGCUGGUGAAGAACUUUUGUGACAGGGAACUCAUUUCUUAUCAGCAGAUAUUUGAGGGAGCUGAGCUAGCCAAGUUGGAUAAAACAGAGAGGAGAUAUGCUUGGGUCAAACGUCGUUUAAGAACAAAUGAGGAGAUAUGGAAAAUCUUUCCCACUUCAUGGCAUGUUGAUUAUCUGCUCUGUAUACAGUUCUGCAAAUUGACCAGGACCCAACUUGAGGAUAUCCUUGAAAACUUGAAAGAGAAGCCAGAUGUUGGAACAUUACUGAUGGCAUUGCAAAGGACAAUAGAAUUCGAGGAAGAAUUGGCAGAAAAAUUUGGUGGUAGUGGUAGUAGCAGAAAUGUAACAACUGACUUUGAGGAAACAGAUAAAGCAGAUCAAACUGUACUAGACAUUCGUAAGAAGUAUGAGAAAAAGCUUGCUGCACAUCAAGGAAACCAGGACGAUGAUAAAGAUUUAGCUGUGCCUGGAGCCGGGUUCAAUUUUCGGGGAAUCAUAUCAUCUUGCUUUGAACCACACUUGAUGGUGUAUGUAGAAUUUGAAGAGAAGACACUUAUGGACAAUCUGGAGAAGCUUGUUCAGGAAGAAACAUGGGAUAUGGAUGAUGCAAGUCAGACUAAUAUUUUAUCCAGUAGCAUGCAGGUAUUUCUGAUUAUCAGAAGGAGCCUAAAGCGGUGCUCAGCCUUGACGAAGAACCAAACUCUGCUAAAUUUAUUCAAGGUCUUUCAAAGAGUUCUUAGAGCUUAUGCUACAAAGCUUUUCAUGAAGUUGCCUAAAGGUGGCACAGGGAUUGUUGCAGCUGCCACAGGGAUGGAUGGGCAUAUCAAGACAUCUGAUAAAGACGAAAGGAUGAUAUGCUAUAUCGUGAAUACUGCAGAAUAUUGCCAUAAAACGGCUGGCGAGUUGGCAGAGAAUGUCUCCAAAAUUAUAGAUGCCCAAUUGGCCAAUGCGGUGGACAUGUCAGAAGUGCAGGAUGAAUUCUCAGCAGUUAUAACUAAAGCAUUGGUAACUUUAGUCAAUGGCUUGGAAACCAAGUUUGAUGUUGAAAUGGCUGCAAUGACACGUGUUCCAUGGGGUACACUUGAAAGUGUGGGUGAUCAAUCAGAAUAUGUCAAUACCAUAAAAAUGAUCCUUAAUGGUAGCAUUCCGGUGCUUGGAAGCCUUCUUUCUCCAGUUUAUUUCCAGUUCUUUUUAGACAAGCUUGCAUCGUCUGUGGGUCCACGCUUUUAUCUCAAUAUCUUCAAAUGCAAGCAGAUAUCAGAGACUGGAGCUCAACAAAUGUUGUUGGAUACGCAGGCUGUAAAGACCAUACUUUUAGACAUUCCUUCCCUUGGCAAACAGACAUCCGGAGCUGCUAGCUACUCAAAGUUCGUGAGUCGUGAGAUGAGCAAAGCCGAAGCACUUUUGAAGGUUAUCCUGUCCCCAGUGGACUCGGUGGCAGAUACAUACAGUGCCCUACUACCUGAGGGAACACCUUCAGAGUUUCAGCGAAUUCUAGAGCUCAAGGGGCUGAAAAAAGCAGACCAACAAACAAUAUUAGAAGAUUUCAACAAACGUGGGUCCGGGAUCUCUCAAGCGUCUAUCGCCACACCAACCGUGGUCCAGGUGGUCCCGACCGUGGCUCCUGCACCUCCACCCGUGGUGAGUCAACCGUCAAGUGCGGUCAUUGCAUCGAGAGAAGACGUACUCACCCGAGCAGCAGCACUUGGUAGAGGUGCUGCUACAACUGGUUUUAAACGGUUCCUGGCUUUGACCGAAGCCGCAAAAGACCGAACCGAUGGGCCGUUUAGAAAACUCUUCAAUCCAUGAUGAGCAUAUCGUAAUCUAUGUAUCUCGAACAUUCGAGCUCGGUUUCGCAUAUAGAAAAAGAAGAAUCGGAACAAAAGAUCGGUUUUAUGUUUUGAUUACCGUUAGAUGCUAGUUCGUGGAUCCAUGAUUUUCGACCAGCGUAUGUAUAACAAUUUUUGAAUGUGAUGUAUUAGAAUCACGAAAUCUUAAUUCUUUUACUCUUAAAAAACACAAAAGG